AUGAUAAUCGUGUAUCCAAACCAGGUCUCCAGGCCGCAACACCUUCAAAGUGCAGCAGCAGCAGCAGCAACAGCAGCAGCAACACCAGCAGCAGCAGCAGUAACAGGGAGAGCAGCAGCAGAAGCAGAAGAAGUAGAAGCAGAAGCAGAAGCAGAUGCAGCAGAAGAAGCAGAAGCAGCAGCAGCAGCAGAAGCAGAAGCAGCAGCAGAAGAAGCAGCAGCAGAAGAAGCAGCAGCAGAAGAAGCAGCAGCAGCAGAAGCAGCAGCAGCAGAAGCAGAAACAGAUGUAGAUAAAGAUGCAAAUGGGCAGGGUUAA